ACUUGCGAUCCGACAGGAGGACUACAUGAGUAUUAUGUAUAUUAUCAAUAAGUGGAACACGAGUGGGCGAGCACUCGAGUGACGAGAGUCUAAUUAAUAUUAAUAACCCCUCUAAAUUUAGCCCCCGGCUCAUGACGUUUUCGGGGAAUGGUCAACGUGAGUGCGAUCGCAUAUUCGAGCGCCCGUGAAUGCUAAUCCUGCUUGGUGCCGAAAGCCCCGAAAUCGAUGCGUGAAUGAAUGGAUGUCGAUAAGGUCGAUUAGAUCUCCUCGCCCACGAUACUGCGAACGUGUACAUGCAGCCCGACCACUCAAUAAUAUUGUAUAAUCCCUUAAGUCAACUGCAUUAGAAUGGGGCACCCAAAAUGUGUCGCUGAUAACCCGAUAGCAAACAAAUUGUAUGCCAGUCUGGUGAAAGUCACAAAGCCAUUGUGAAGGCAAUAAAAACCUCAGUUCCGCAUAGUGCCUUGUAAUAGCUAAUGCAGGGCGGAUCGAUAGUCGCAAGGGGCAGUUCUCAUAAGGAAGAAUCCUAAAAAAUCCUUUGCAUUGAUAGCAAAAGGUUUUAUCCCUAGGGAUUACGAUUAAUAAGAAUCCUUAUAAAGGAUAUUCAAGUGAUUCCUGCCAAUUUUAAUAGGAAUUCAAUAUCUCAUCUUAUCCUAGAAAUCUUAUGAAACUAAGUUAAAAUCAAACUAACAACUUUUGUAAAGUUAAACUACAAUUCCCGUGAAUCUUCAUUAACAGUGUUUGUGAAAUUAAAAUUACUUAUUUCUUGAAAUUAAAAUUACCAAUAUCUUGAAAUUAAAAUUACCAAUUUCUUGAAAUUGCAAUUACAAUUUUUGUGAAACAAUUCUAAAGCAGCGCCACCAUGAGCGAUGAAAAAUCAAAACCAACCUCAGUGCUGCAGCAUAUAGAAUCGGCGCUAUAUGUGAUCAACCAGCUGUGCAUAGGAUUCGUCACCAUUUGGGUCAGCUGGACCUGUUUGCGCCAGGACCUCUCGGGCAUUCGCCUGCAUGCCUGGCUGGUUACCUUCGGAUUUGUGUUCCUGAUGGCCGAGGGAAUGAUGUGCUUCUACGACGGCAGCUGGCUAACCGUGCGUUACUCCCGGAAAUACAAGACUGCCUUCCACGUGGUCCUUCAGAUCCUUGGGGGCGGCAUGGGCGUGGCCGGCUGUUUGAUUCAACUAAUACGUGACGAUUGGUCAAUCAGCGUCACGUUGCAUGCUCGCCUGGGCUUCGCCGCCUUCGUCCUGUGCCUGAUCUCUUUGCUGAGUGGACUUGUCGCCUUCCUGGCGAGAUGCCUGAGCAGGACCAUCUCACCCUUGGUCAACAAGACCUUCCAUGUGGUCCUCAGCUUCGCCGCCUUCGUGAUCGCCAUGAUGGCGCAGUUUUACGGAUACACGCAGACUGGAAUUUUCAGAGGACAAGGGCAGGAUUUCGUUGUCCUCAUGCAGGUCGUCACUAUGGUCCUAAUGGUCCUAACCAGCAUUGGCGCCAUUAAGUCGCUCUACCAGAAGAUUGGUAGCCUGGCCAGUUAGGAACGCCUGCCGUUUAUCCCUAAUUCUGUAUAUAGUGCACUUAAGCUAAGCUAGACUAUUUGCUAUUUAUAUAUUAAAUGAAUGUUAUCAUAAGGAUAAAUCAAAUGACUAAGAGAGAAAUAAAAAAUGAC